AUGGUCGAAUACAAUUAUUUUAAAUAUAAAUUAUCCAGAUUUCAAGAAACACAUAUUAAAAAUUUAAAACAUACAGAAUAUAUUAAUGAAAUUUCCGAUAAUAAUAUUGAUGAUUGGAUUCAUAAUACAUGCAUAUUAAUAUUAUGUAUUCAACAGAUUAUUUGUAUAUUAUGUUUUCAUUUAGCAUUCGCUAUUUCUAAUCAACAUUAUCAUCGUCCAAGUAAAUCAUUUCUUAGCUUAUUGAUUCGAUGGCGCUUAUCAUCAUCAUCAUUUAAGUGUUUGCGAUAUCGAUUAAAAUCAUCAUAUUAUAUACAGGCAUUUCAUACGGAUAAUCGUUAUGGUUUUACAUAUGGAAAAUUAGAACUAAUUUCAAUGAUGGAAUUUGUCAAGUACAUGUUACUUUAUUCACAAUUACUUAUGUUUGUUUGCCAGAAUUUCCUUAGGAUUCAAUGGAAAUGAAAUGAACGAAAUUUUUCUGUUCAUCUAAUGUCAUAAGGUUCAACUAACUAACAUUCUUAUACAACUAAAUUAGUACAAUCAUCUAUUCAACGGAAAACAACCUUAUAAUGUCGAAAAAAUAGAAAACUUACUCAUGGAAUUUUAAAACACACUAAAUAAUUUCAAACACUUAUGCACACAUAUUUAUAAACCUCUU